AUGAUUACUCGCGAUACACUUGGGUCAUUCGCUUCAUUUAUUUGGGCUCUUCAAGUUAUCACUGAGAAAGGAAGCCUCAAGCGCAUACGCAGUGAUCAUGGGGGAGAAUUUCAGAAUGAGGUCAUGACUAAGUUCUGCAAUGAACAAGGCAUAGCUCACCAAUUUUCGGCACCUAGAACACCACAGAUGAAUGGAGUAGUGGAGCGAAAGAACAGAACACUUCAAGAAAUGGCGCGUGCAAUGAUCCAUGGAGGAAACAUUCCUGUGAAGUUUUGGGCUGAAGCAAUCAACACCGCAUGCUACAUCAUCAACCGUGUCUACAUGAGAAAGGCUUUACUCAAAACUCCUUAUGAGUUGUGGAAAGGAAAGACACCUAACUUAAGUUACUUUCGUGUUUUUGGAUGCAGGUGUUUCAUUCUAAAUGACAAGGAUCAACUUGGAAAGUUCGACUCAAGGAGUGAUGAAGGCAUAUUUCUGGGUUAUUCAGGCAAUAGUUCAGCUACAGAGUCUUCAAUCUUCGGUCCAAGAUGA